CUGAAUCACAUGUCCCUGGCUGGUUCCUCUUCACAGCAACAUGGCUUUGCAAACUUGCAGGCUCCUCUUGAGUAAAGCAAACUUGCUUUUGCUGGUUUCUCUCUGUGUAGCCGUAGAUGGACACUUCAAGGGCUUCAGGAAGUUUUUUCGAGUGCAGUAUGGCAGCCUUGAGGAGCAGUGGUUCACUCAGAAACUGGAUCACUUCUGUAGUGCAGACAGCAGAGUGUGGAAGCAGAGAUAUUUUGUCAAUGAAGCCUUCUACAAGCCGGGUGGUCCGGUGUUUCUGAUGAUAGGUGGAGAGGGCCCGGCCAACCCAGCCUGGAUGAUGAACGGCACCUGGCUCAACUAUGCUGAGAAAUUCGGAGCGCUUUGCUUGAUGCUGGAACAUCGCUUCUAUGGAAGGAGUAACCCGACCCCUGACCUCAGCACGGACAACCUGCGUUACCUCAGUAGUCGCCAGGCGUUGGCUGACCUGGCACACUUCCGCACCGUGAUUGGGGAAGAGCGCGGGCUGAACAACAGGAAGUGGGUGGCGUUCGGAGGGUCGUACCCAGGUUCCCUCGCUGCUUGGUUCAGGCUGAAGUACCCUCAUCUGGUCCAUGCCUCUGUGGCCACGAGCGCUCCCGUUUAUGCCACUGUUAACUUUCCAGAGUACUUGGAGGUUGUGUGGCGUUCGCUGGCCUCAGAGAACACAGAGUGUCCCCUACUGGUUAAAAAGGCUUCAGAUACCCUUGUGGAGCGCCUGAAGGACCCCAAGACCUAUGACAACAUCACCAAAGACUUCAACUUGUGUUCCAGUCUGCAGAUCCAGACAGAGAUGGACUCUGCCUACUUCCUGGAAACACUGGCUGGCAACUUCAUGGACGUGGUCCAGUACAACGAAGACAACAGGGGGUUUGAGGGUGUAGUAGGCACCAACAUUACCAUCAAGGUGCUGUGCGGUGUGAUGGGUGACACCUCACUUGGGGAUCCUUAUGCCCGUUAUGCUGCCGUUGCCCGUCUUAUGAUGGACACCUUUUUUAUGAAAUGCCUGGACGCCAACUACAGUACUUACCUCAGGGACAUGACUAAUGCAUCCUGGUAUGGGCUGGCUGCAGGGGGAGGGAGACAGUGGGUCUACCAGACCUGCACUGAAUUUGGGUUCUACCAGAGCACUGAUUCACCCAACCAACCAUUCGCCGGAUUCCCACUUGUGUAUCAUGUGAAACAGUGUGCAGACUUCUACAACGUCAAUGCUGACCAGGUAGCGGAGGCCGUGGCCCAGACCAAUGAGUAUUACGGCGGCUAUGACAUCCGCUCCACCAGAAUAGUUCUUCCCAACGGGUCCAUUGACCCCUGGCACGCCUUGGGAAUCACCAAGGACAUCACACCUGACCUCCCUGCUGUUUUCAUCAAAGGAACAGCCCACUGUGCCAACAUGUACCCUGCCAGGAAGGAGGAUCUCCCCCAGCUAGUUCUGGCCCGUGACCAUGUCUUCUUACUCCUCCAGCAGUGGUUAAAGCAGUGACUGACAACCAAUCCUGCCAAUCAAUGGCUUUCGCAAAGCAAACUGAUUUCUCUUUUGUCCCGAUCAUUGACUCUGGCAUAAGACAGCUUACUUUACUGCCACACAUUUAUCACUGCUUGAAAAGGCACUUUAUGCAAGCGUCCGUAGGUACAAGUUCAGGUAUUUUGAGUGAAAAAAAAUUAAGCUGAUGAAUAAAGAUGUUUUUAAAUAGUUAGAACCACUUCAUGGGCUGGUUUCUGUGCAGUGGAUACAUUAAACUAGGAGGAGUAAUUUUUGUUUUGUGGUAAAGACUAACAAGUAGAAUCACCCACACACUUAAAAUAAUUUCUAAUUUUCUGAGAUCAUUCUCUUGUGUACCAAAAGAACCAAAAAAAAAGGCUUGUGAAACUGACUUAAAUAUGUAAUGUUACUG